AUGUCUGGAGAAGCAACUUCUUCGGAGUCGGACAACUUGAGACGCUCGAAGCGAAAGAAGUUCUGUUUGGAUGUGGUCGCAGCCGCUCAUGGGAACAACCAGAAGAAGAGCAGAAGGGAUCCGCACGCCGAUGAGAAUGACGACGAUGACUUUGCGUUCGAGCAACAGCUCAGUGUGCUGACGGAGGACAUGUCAGCAGUGAGAGAGGAUCAGAGCGAGGACUACGACGGCGAAGAGGAAACUCUCAGCAAGCGGAGAACUCGCAGAAGCACGGCCCAUUGGGGAGACUACCAGGACACACUGGUGGACUGGGUAGAUGUGAGUUUGGGGUCCAAGGAAUCGGGAUACUGUAGUCAACGAACCGAAACUAAAUCAUUUUCAGCAAUCCGGGUCCUUCGCGUGCAGCAAGUGCCCUUCUCGCUAUGAAUCUCGCAGCAGUCUGUCGAAUCACUCGAAAAUGCACAACGGAGAGAAACGAAAGUUUGCUUGCGAACUCUGUGACUUCUCGGCUAGCACUCAAAAGUCCCUCAUGCAUCACAACAACGUUCACAAACGCUAUGGAGUCGUCAGCGCUCAGACGAGUCCUGCGAUCAAUGCAUCCACCGAUACUUCGCUCAACAACAGCACCAAUAACAACAGCAGUAAUGGUGCUCCGCAACUGGUCGCCGCCCUGUCCGAACCGUACUUACAUGCGGAGGCGGAAGUUGAUGCAGUCGGUUCUCCGAGUGAAACGCCUCCUCCGAUUCUCGAGCGGGAGGUCUCGCCGCCUCCACUGCUUCAGCGGGAGCAAUCGUCUUCUCCGCUGUCCCGACACUCUUCGGAUGAAUCCGAUGCGCAACCAAACUUCGUUCCUAUCAGAAAAUCGACACGUCCAUUGAAGCCAGCCAAAAAGGCAACUCCUCCGCAGACGCCCAAAAAAAUGGACAAAGCCCCGAAGAAGAUGCGUGCGAAAUUGAGACCGCUGAUCCUUUCGUCUGUUCCGAAUGGGUCGCUCCCCAAUUCGGUCACACCGUCUACGUCUUCUUCUGUUACUCCUCCACUGAAGAGCUCUCCAGCGCCGACCAAAAACAGAAAUAGUUCUAAAGCAAGCAAAAAACAGAAGCAGAAAUCGGAAGAACCGGAGAAAUUGGAGAGGAUGGAGUCGCCGGUCGAGCUACAACCAGAAGAGAUGCAGGAACGACCGGAAUCGUUGGAACCGCAGGACCCAUUUCCGGCCAAGAAGAAGAGGAAGCGUCGCCGUUGCCCGCGCUGCCCCUUCACCGCCACCUCGAUCACUCGUCUCAACAGACACAGUGGAGGACACCGUCUCGCCGAAGGAUUCGUUUGUCCAGCAGAGAACUGUGACUACAUGUGCAGGGCGGCUGGAUUCCUGCAAAGGCACUACACAGUGCACGAAGGAACACUUCCGUGGCCACCAAAGUUCGUCAGAAGAAGCCUUCUCAGCAAGCCGACAAAGAAGUCGUUGCUAGUAAAGGUAAGAGACUUGCAGGUGAAUAGAGAUUCUUAUACCUUCAUUUCAGGCUCAAAUUAGAUCGCACAAGAAAGUUCCAUCCCAGAGUGGCCCAGAUGUUGUCAAGAAGCAGUGUAAUGUGGACGGAUGCCAGUUCCAGACUUCUUCGAUGACCCAGUUUAUCAUCCACAAGGCGAAAGUUCACAAAGCGGUUAGUUUUAAAAUUUCAGAAAUUUUGUUAAUCUCAUCCGUUUUCAGAAGUCUGCUUUCUCCAACUUUCCGUUCCUUUGCAUCACUUGCGGCCACAGAGCCAAGACGUACGCAGCUCUCCGAGUUCACAAACUGACCAAGCACAUCUCGACGGCCAGUCGGUAUCAUCGCACUUACUACCUGAAAGAGCUCGUCGGAGACAAGUACUUCAUCAAGUAUUAUACUGCCAAAACGGAGGAGGAAGAAGGAGAAGAAUCGGCUGAUGAAUCUUUUGAUUCCAUGUAUGCUGCCCAACACUUUUAUCCGGAGCUUUACCUUUUUCUUUUCAGAAAUGGAAGCAUUGUCCCUCCGGGAGCAUUGGCUGAAAUCGAGAAGAAGGCUGUGUUCUGCUGCAAUCUCUGUCCCUAUCAAGCUCCAACGAUGAGUCGAUGUCAACGGCAUCAUGCGAAACAUUUCACCAUUUCGCAAUUCAAAUGCCGACACUGCAGUUGGUCAUCGAGGAGCAAAGAUGUUCUUGCUAACCACGAGAAACUGCACGCCGGUCCAGAAGAAACGAGUCCGGCAGAGAUCGGACAGAGUACGGUAGCCGACGUUCCGACGACCGCUUCUGGUGGCGCUGCAGAGACUGCGCAGAUAUCCGAAACUGCCUCAACUGCAAUGGAAAUGUACAAAUGUUCUGCGACGACCACUCUCGGAGACGCCCUGAAGAAGUGGUGCAAGACUGCGAAGGCUGCUCGUCCCGAUUUCGACGAGCAUUUCACUCGGAAGAUGAUCGAUGGUCAGAAAGGAUUCCAGUGCAUCGACUGUCCGUACACAUCGAAGUACCGGGGAGACAUGAGAAGUCACAAGAAGAGGCAUGACAUAGAGCAGAUGUAUCGCUGUGUUCAAUGCACCUACACUACAAACCGACCCGUCUCUCUAAAGGAUCACAUGAAGCAGCAUUUGCCAGUCAACGCUUCUCUGCAGGAAGUGAAACCGAUGCGCGUGGUCGUCAACCAAGGAGUGCACAUCGGAACGAGAAGGGGAAUCGGUAAGGAGAGGAUCUACUGUUGCAACAAGUGUCCUUACGUGUCGUUGGCCCUCGGAUGUCUCUGGAGACAUCACCGUAACCAUCGGACGACUGCCAAGUUCUAUAUUUGCUCGAACUGCUCGUACAGCUCAAUUGAAAUGCGAAAGAUGGAAGAGCACACAGUCAUUCAUACUGCUCUCGGUUUGAAUGAGUCGAUGCCAUUUGUGAAGAGAGUCGAUCAGGAAGGAAAUCCAGUCUCUUCAUUGACCGAUCUGAAUUCUGAUAAAACGACGGAAAGGAAAGGGAAGAGGAAGCUGCUGUUGGAUGAGAAAAAGGAAAAGGAAGCAAAGCCGAAGGUUGAGAAGAAGAGAAAGAGGAGCAACGAAUCGACUCCUUCUUCGGAGUCUCCAAACGCGCAGCCCACUAGACCACUAUCGGAAAGAUCGACGAAGAACAAGAUCAACUACUCGAUGAUGGUGAAGAACGGCAACGGGAAACCGACUCCUUCGACCAGCGCAGCCAAUCUGGAGAAACUGAACGACAGCUGUGUCGAGGACAAUGACGAGCCGACCGAGGUGGCUCACUGGAAAAUUCGAAAUUUCCUGAAGAAAGAGCUCACAAUUAAAGGUAAAGCCAAAGAUGACAUACAAAUCUCAAUAACUGUUCAUUUUCAGCAUCUCGUCAGUGCCCGGACUGUCCAUUCAACAACUCGGAUGCCGAUAUCUUUGAGCAGCAUCUCUACUUCCACCAGCCACAGCUUCCACUUCCUCGUCCGUAUACUUGCACCGAUUGUUCUUUCAAUACUUUCACUCCGACCGCUAUUCUGCAACACCUGAAGUUGCACUCGGAAGGCGUUUAUUUUGAUCCGUCCAUGAAGCGAUCUAUAAAGCUGCGAAAGAGUGAAACGAUACCGCAUGGAGUGAAAGGAUAUUACUGCAAAAACUGCAACUACAAGACACCCAACAACAGGAACUUCGUCGAGCAUUGCGCACUCCACAGACAUCAGCUCAUAAGCCGUAUCAAUGUGACGAUGAAAAGACAGCCGCCGAAGGAAGAGUACCAACGACCAAAAAUGAAGCAUCAGUUCGUGGCGCGAAAUGCCAAGUACUGCAAAAAAUGCACGUUCAAAUGCGUCUCGCAAAGCAGUUACGUCGAGCACAUUGACCGCCACGGCUGGAAUCAGUUGUACACGUGCCAUCUCUGUGAUUACUCGGAUAACAACAAGUUGGUCGUGCACUUCCACCAGCUGAAUCAUCACGCAAUGAGAGAUCAGUCGCUCCACACCGUCAACAGUGCCACCAUAUUCCGUCUUGAAGAUGGAGUCAUUCAAACGCCAAAGGUAAAACAUCAAAUUCAAAUGAAUUAAUGAAAUCUUUCCUUUUUCAGCCUGCUCAUCUCAAACCAACUCCGGAAGAGUUUGCCAAGAAAUCGCGAGGCCUGAUGAAGUGUGGCCUGUGCGAAUACUUCUGCCACGUGCCUUCUGAACUCGGCUUCCACAUGUCCGUCACUCACAAAAAUGAGCCCGGAGCUGCCGAGGCAAUAGACUAUCUCUACAUGGAUCGCAUUCCCCCACAAUCAAAUAUCACCAAAUUCUAG